AUGACAUCUUUAUCGAGGACCAGAGCGGCGGCCUCUUUUAGUAGUGGAUCUACGCCUGCAGACUUCGUAAAGGAGUGCAUUACGAGGUCUUCCUUCGUUGGAGCCUUGAGGGAGGCCAAUACCCUUAGGAGGCUGCGGCCACUCACUGUUGAUGAGAUAGCAGCGCUGCAAGGCUCAGGGUGUACUGCUGAGGACUGGGGCGAAAUUAUGGUGAUUGGUGACUCCCCCCUAGCUGUUGGCAGGAUUAGGGGGUGUACAUUCCAAGGUAGAAUUGAACUUGCAGUUGAGGAAGGGUCCAAGGUGAGUAUUGGUGAUAGUCGCCGUCAACUUCCAUGUGGGAUCAUAAACAGCUUUUUAGAAGACGUGGUAGUAGAAUCCGGCACUUUAGUAAAGGACUGCGGCCUCGUUGCCAAUACUGUUGUACGGCGAGGUGCAGUUCUUGUGCGUUGCAGUGUGGUAGAAGGGUCAACAGAGCCCCACUGUAAAUAUGGUAAUGGCCAUAGUAUGUCCCUGGCUGAGGAGACAGGGAGUCGCCAUACACGUCAGUUCGCUGAGCUUACUAUCGAAAUAGCGGCUAAGGUGGUCUCGAACAGGAAGGAAUCUGAUGCAUAUCAUGCGGCCGUGGAUGCAUACGUUGACGCAGUUGAAGAUGCUGGGCAAGGGCGGACGAUCAUCGAUGAGAACGCUGAGGUUAUAUCGUGUUGUUCUAUCAAAGGCAGCUAUAUUGGCCGCCACGUGCGCGUUGUGAAUUCGAGAGUUCACAACUCUUCCUUACUUGAGCUCAACAUCGUCGAAGACUGCAGUCUUAACACUGCUAUUCUCCAGAAAAGCGCCAGUGUAGCGACUUUCGGUGUGGUAGAAGGGUCAGUACUCUGUCCGACAGUCCACGUUGAACGGCAUGGGAAAGUGUUCGACUCCAUCAUCGGGCCGGGCUCUGGAGUGGCCGAGGGGGAGGUCACGGCGUCUUUGGUCGGCCCCUUCGUAGGCUUCCAUCAUCAAGCACUACUAAUAGCGUGUUUUUGGCCUGCCGGUAGGGGCAAUGUUGGUCAUGGUGCUAACGUUGGUUCGAACCACACUGGGAAGGCGCCCGACCAGGAGAACUGGCCAGGCGAGGGCACGUUCUUCGGGCUGGCUUCAAAUAUAAAGUAUCCCUUUCAUUUGGUGGACGCGCCUUAUUCACUUAUUGCUACUGGAGUGAGCUGUUUGCCGCAAGCGAUAGGGUUGCCGUUUAGUCUGGUGAACGAAUCGAGUGAGUAUAUCAACGGCUUGUCUCCCGCGAUUAAUGAAAUAACUCCGGGGUGGAUGCUGAGUGACAACAUGUACUCUCUCUUCCGGAAUGAAGCCAAGUUCGAAUCCAGGCAGCGGAACCUUCCUAAAGAUGGCGUUAUGUAUCAGUUUUCUGUGUUCCGGCCGGAGAUAAUGGACAGAGUAGUGAAGGCUCGUGAUGCAUUGAAGGCAGCAGACCCUAAAGACGCUAAGUUGAAGGACGCUAAGGGUCGCGCAGUUUUCACAGAUAAGGAGAUUCCUAUAAUGGGUAAGAACUGGAUGAACGACUCUACUAGAUUGAUAGCCAUCAAGACCUAUUCUACCUUCCUCCAAUGGUAUGCUAUCAGAGGUCUAUGGCGAAGGCUAGCGUCGAUACAUUUCGAGUCGGGGCACGCAUGCUCUGACGAAGCUGCUAAGCUGGUUUCCAGCACUAUAGCAUAUUUGAAGUCGCCUCCAACCGUUGAUCUCAGUCCGGUUUAUGAGAAUCUCACUGCGUGCGCAUUCACUGAUGAGGCAUCUCAAGCUGAGCUGAGGGAACUGCAAUGGGCACAUGAAUGCAAGGUUCUCCGAACUGAAUGCGAAGACCCACUGAAUGUAGCAGCACUACUCAGGUGGUUCGGAGAAACCAAUCAGGAGAUUGCGCAGUCGUGUAUAACGGCCAAGGCUCGCGAUGAUGCUCGAGGGGCGCGGAUAAUUGGUAAUAACUUUACGGAGGCGCACGAAUCCGCUGAGGAGAAUCAGGUUUGUAAGAACGCUGUGGCGGAGGCCAAUCGAGUUGCAGAGGAAAUUGAAAACUUUCUUGCGACUUCUAAGCUGUGGGAGCUUAUGCGCCAUCAGCUGUGAUGACAUUGAUCACUGAGCACUUUGACUUUUUUCUGAAUUGCUGUUUCUCUCCUUAUA